GGAAGUGAGCACGAGGAAGAAGCCCGCGGAGACACAGGGAAGAGGAGGAGAAAAAGGAGGAGGAGCGCACAGAGCCACCGAGGUUUUCUCUGGCGCGUCAGAAAAGCAGGACUUUCCAUCCUUGCCGUCCCACCUACCUCCUCCACCUGGGAGGCUGCCCAGGCCCACUGGGGCGCUCGCCUGCCCUCACCCAGUCCCCAUGGCUUCUCCGGACGACCCUCUGCGCGCAGAUCAUGUGGCAAAGGAGCCAGUGGAAGAUACAGACCCUAGCACUUUAUCCUUUAACAUGUCAGACAAAUAUCCCAUUCAAGAUACGGGACUUCCUAAAGCUAAGGAGUGUGAUACAAUUACUUUGAACUGCCCAUCAAAUUCUGACGUGCAACAUCAGGGAGAAGAACAUGGCUUUCCAGACAGUACUGAAGAUACACUUUCAGAUAUAAGCAAGGACAGAUCCUGUAAAGAAAAUUGUACUUGUUCCUUAUGCUUGCUCCGGGCCCCCAACAUAAGUGACUUGCUCAAUGAUCAGGACUUACUAGACGUAAUCAGGAUAAAGCUGGAUCCGUGUCACCCAACGGUAAAAAACUGGAGGAAUUUUGCGAGCAAAUGGGGCAUGCCUUAUGAUGAAUUAUGUUUCCUGGAGCAGAGGCCACAGAGCCCCACCUUGGAGUUCUUGCUCCGGAACAGUGAGAGGACUGUGGAGCAGCUGAUGGAGCUCUGCAGGCUCUACCACAGGGCUGAUGUGGAGAAGGUCCUGCGGAGAUGGGUGGAGGAGGAGUGGCCCAAGAGGGGCUGUGGAGACCACCCCAGGCACUUCUAGAGCUUCUCCUUCCUUCAUUGGCCUCUUUGGACACUGAAACAGCCACAGGUUCAGGGGGGAAUGUUAAUCUGUUCUUUUUUAAGUUUAGGAUAAAGACAUGGAACAGAGGGCAUUUGUUUUCCCCAAAGCAGGUGGUUUUGUGGAGAGGUAGGUUUUGUUUUGGUGGUGGAUUUUUCUUGUUUAUGUUUGCACAUUAAUUUAAUAUGUGAAUCUGGAAUUGAGAAAAAUAUUUUGUAGACUCAGAGGGAGGCCAAAGCCUAUGAGCAGAAGGGAUUCAUGUCAUUGUGAAAAUAAAAUUGCCCUCUCCCUUAAAUACCGCUGAAGGUUUAAACACAAUAGGGCCUACAGUUGUUGAUGGCCCCCAGCAAUCAUCAUACAUGAGAACCUUCAAGAUCCAUGGCAUUCCCACAGCUUAGAAGAAAACAACACUGAGAAAUUACUCUGUUUUAUCUGUUACUUUUUUAUAAAAAGUACUUACAUGAAUUAAUGGGCUGUUGGUAUUAUGUUGCCAUUCUCUUCAGAACACAUGUGCCAUUUUUAUUCAAAUACUUUUAUAAUCUGUGCACAAUA